AGUUGGGCCAGAUGUAUGAUAUAGGCACUCCUCCUGCUCCCCAGUCCCCACCAGCUUUGUUUUCCGCGCAAACCCUCCACGAGAGUCUAGAACAAUCACCAAUUCGUUUUGGCUUUUCUGCUCAAGCCGAGGCAGGCGACGCAGAAAGAUCGCCGUGGAUCAGCAGCCGAUACCAAGUUAGGACACAAGAGAGAAGAAAAUAGAGAAUUGAUGGUUCAAAACAUAAAUCAAUUGCCUGAUGAAGUUAUAUGCUUCAUAUUAUCGCGGUUAACUGUUGGAGAUGCUGUAAGCGCCAGGUUAUCAUCAGUAAACUGGCUAUGUCUUCCUGAUUCUCGUUCUGUUCUUCAGUUUGAUAGACUUAACAUAUUUGGAGAGCAAUCUUCAUGCAAACACGGGCCAUCUGAAUUUGUAAAAAUAGUUAAUCGCUUUCUGGAUGUAUGGAUGGGUCAGAGAAUACACACUCUUAUUGUUGACUUCACUCUUACCGAUGAUCAUGCUGCACAUAUUGAUAGGUGGAUUGCAACUGCUAUAAGAAUGAAUGCUGAGGAAAUUGAACUGGAUUGCCAUUGCGAUGGCAAAGAAAAAUAUGUUUUCCCUUUUCAUAUGAUCUGCUCUCGAAUGGCGCCUUAUUUGAAGCGGUUAUGCCUAAAAUUAUGCACUCUAAAUAUUUCUUUUAUGUGGUCAAGUAAUUUAUUAACCACUCUUAGCUUGAGUCAAGUGCCCCUCAACCAGAGUGGGAUGGAGUGCAUCCUUGCUAGUUGUUCGAGUCUUGAAUCACUGUCGUUGUUUUAUUGCAAGCUGCCAAAAACUGUUUGCAUAAAUGGUCAACUUGAAUGUUUGAAGGAAUUGAUUAUAUGGGACUCCUUGGAUAAGAUAGAGCUCAAAUGUCCGAAACUUGAGUUCUAUGAAUAUUAUGGCAGCAAUUGUUUACUUGCCUUUGCAUAUGUCCCAGUUUUGAGAGAAGCAAAACUACAUUUGAGAUACAAACGGCGAUUCUCCGAGUUGUUAGAUCAACUCACUAGGAAUGCCCCACAACUUCAAGUUUUAUCACUUUCGGUAAUGAUUGAGGUACAACCAUCGCUUGCAACAUUAGCUAUGACUAAUCUAAAGAAGCUGGAUCUGCUGGUUCUAGUUAGAGUUGGAUUUGAUUACUUAACCAUCACUCAUGUGUUUAAUUCUUGUCCAAUGCUUGAGAUGAUAACAUUACAGUUGAAAAGGCGCACAGACCCUUGUCGUCGCGAACAAAGAGAAUACCAUGACCACCCGCUCAUCAAGUUGAAACAAGUCAAAAUGGGUGGAUACUGUGACCAAUCAAAUGAGCUGGAACUUUUGAUUUAUCUGCUAAAAAAUGCAGUGUCACUUGAGGAGAUGGUCGUUGAAGCUCUAACAGAGCGUGCAAAAGAAAAGGCAAGGACAACCCUCCUACUCCCGCCUGAGAAGAAGAUUAACCCAAGUGCACAAGUGGUCAUUAUGUGAUACAUCAAGACAACAAUUAUAUAUGUUGACAACAGUCUACGUAUUUAACUUAUUAAAGAUAACACCCAAGGUUUUGGUUUUAAUCCAAGCUCGUUUAUUUAAAUAAUCAAACAUAUUAUUAUGAAGUUUUGGGCAUUGCUUUAUUAAUAACAUUCCUAGUGUGCUAA